CCCGGCGAUACAAAAAUAGGCCCGUCGGCAAGCAUCAAGCAUGCGCGGUCGCCCCGUCCUGGUGCUGGCUGCCAGCCUCGUCCUCCUCAUGGCCCUCGCCCAUGGCAUCGUCGCGCCCGGCGAGGUCGAGAGCAGCAGCAGUGGGUCCGCCACGCCGUCGCCGCAGGUGCACCACGAGCGCGCCGAGCCCGACGACGCGGUUGCGGCGCGGUCCUCGGACAUUGCCGAGAACAUUGCCGAGAUCGACAUUGAGGUCGACCGCGGCCUGUACAACCCGAGCUCCAACUCGAUGGAAGUCCAAGACAGCGAUGGCGGCCAGCGGCAGAACUACGCGUCGAAGGACUCUGGCGCGACGGUCCUCGACCAUGCGCCGGGCACGAAGGGCUCGGUGAACCUCCUCGUGCCCGAUAAGGACCGGUACAUGCUCAUUCCGUGCUCGGCCGACAAGAAGUGGAUCGUCAUCUCGCUCUCGGAAGACAUCCACGCCGACGCGAUCUCGAUCGCCAACUACGAAAAGUUCUCGUCGAUGACCAAAGAAUUCCUCGUGCUUGGCAGCAUCAACUACCCGACCGAUACGUGGGUCGUCCUUGGCCACUUCACCGCGUUGCACAAGAACGGCGACCAGCUCUUCCACUUUCAGGAGAAGCACCAUGUGCGGUACCUCAAGCUCCGCCUCAACUCGCAUUACGGCGCCGAGUACUAUUGCACGAUGAGCCAGAUCAAGGUCUACGGACGCACGUUUACUCAAGUUAUCUCGCAGCUCGAGCGCAGUAUUCACGAAGAGCCGACUCUCGCGCCGCCAGCGAUCGAACCACCGACGAUUGAGGUGGUCGUUCCCUCACCGACCUCAAGUACGAUCUUCGACUCGAUGUGCCCCGUGCCCGACGUCGUCUUGCCGUGGGACGUGGAGGUGUGUGAGCCGCUGCCAACAUCGCCGCCACCCACCGAGAAGCCGACGACAGCACACCAACCGCCAGCAAACGCUUCGGCCGCCAAUGCGACGAGCGCAAGCCAUGCCCCGUCGACCAAGACCACACCCGAGAACCACAGUCCAGCCGCCACGACCGUCGUCGACGAUAGCGCCAACCACACCAAGGCCCACGAGCAUGGCAAGACGACCAACGGCUCAUCUUCCACGAGCAGCAAUGGCGUUUCGGGCGACGAGCAGAAGGGCCUCGACAACUUUUACAUUCGCAUGUCCAAGAAGAUCCAAGCCCUGGAAGCCAACCAGAGCAGCCUCGAACGCACCGUGUCCGAGACGCUCAAGCCCGCUGCGGUGGACGCGCAGAUCAAGCUCGCCCUCCUCAGUGAGCAAAUGAGCAAUCUCACCAAAGCCGUGCACGAACUCCGCGUCAUUGUCGACUCGGAGCUCGAGUUUUUGACGUCGUCGAAUGAAAAGUACAUGACGCUGCUCGAAGGCGUGUACCAAGAGAAUCUGUCGUUGCGGAACGAAAUGCUGCUCGUCUGGGACGUGAUCACGACGAUGAAGGCGGGCAUUCUUGUUGCGAUUGUGCUCUCGGCGUUUCUCAUUUUGUUCUUUGUCGCCCGAAGCAUCUUUCGGUGCCUCACGGGCUGCCAUCGGCGUGCGGCGCGGCGCGAGUGGCUCCGGCGCAUGGAGUCGGUCGACGAGACAGACGACGAGGUCGACCCGCUCACGCAAGAGAUGGACAAGCGCGUCGACCGAACCCUUCGGUUUGGACGAAGCCUCGACGACGGCGCGAUCCAGCGCAAUACACUGUAUCGCCGCGUCAUGCACGGCUUUCGACAACACCACGUCAAGAGCCGCCUCCGACUGCGCAAGCCGAGUCUGUGUGGCGCCCCCGUGUCGGCACCAACAUCGUCGUUGCUCCCGAAACCCCUGUUUUAAUCGUGGAAUAUUCGCUCAUUUUCUGUUGCACAGAAUUGAACUAUUGCACGAGAUGGCACUC